CUCUAUUUGAAUAUCUUGCUUCUCAUAUCUAAUUGUUCAUCUUCCUUUGCAAAUCUCGCUAUAGCAGAAAUCUAUGCUGUGGCUGUCUUCAUUACAGGAAGGCAGUGAAAGCGCUAUAAUCAUGAAACAGUGUCUCCCGGACGAUGCAUUUCUACUGCCAGUGACUGAAGAGAUGUCUUGCCGAUAUCACUGGAGGCCUCCAUAAACGCAAAAUUCACAUAAACAACUUUAAGGUCUGCUUAUCUGCCAUCUUGGCGAACCUAUACUGCCGCAGCCUAUGUUUUGGUCUCCCCUUAUUGCUGGCGCGCUUGGUGGUCAUCUCUUACUUUGUCUUCCACUACCUGAGUUUGAACAUCCUUAGCUCACAGUCUACUCCCCUAUUCCGCGAGUCUCCUUUCUGGUGAUAAGUAGCUUAAAGGCUCUUACAUCGUCGAUCGCGGAGACAAGACUGCACUGCUAACCACAGUCUCGCUUGUGGCCUAUCAUGUCUGAGAAGGACGAUGCUCCUCCUCCAUGGGCAAUACGCUGGGUACACCAGUACUACCCACCUCAACAGCAAGCUGCCUCCCCUCCGCUGCAUGAACAUGAACAUGCGUUCUCUCCUGCCCCAGAUGGGAACGUGCACUUUGGUGUUGACGAAAUUCAACCCAACGGAAGAGUCCAAGAAGAUCAGUUCUUCAACCCCCAGCCUGGCAAUGAAUACAGCGGUGGCCUGGAUCAACAGCACGUCGCAGUUGGAAAUGCCCAAAAUGAAACUCAGCUCCAAGACAAAGCGCAGUUUCCUGCACAACAACCUGAGCAGCAACAGCCCGCAUACCCGCUCCAGUACUACCCAGUGAACCAGCCUGGCCAUGGUUUCCCACCUCAGCAAGAGACGGGCUUCCAGGAGCACGGUAAUAUCCCAGAACAUCAUGCACACGCACAAGUACACGCGCACCCACAUGCACAGUAUGCUACGCGGCCGCAGGCACAGUCAUACAACCCUCUCCAAGGGCCAGGCACACAUCACGCACCUGGUGCUCUUCCCAAUACUACAGUGGAACAGCCUCCUGUUCAGGGGUACAACUACGCUCAGUACAAUUACGCUCAGUAUCAUCCAGGGUACAACGGGUAUGGGUACGGCUUUGGUCCCAACGCAGCCGGAUAUUACCCUCACAAUCCUUACCAAGCACCCGGCCAUGAGCAUGGUGCAGUGGCAGGUCAGAAUGCGCCCGAGUACCAGCAGCAGCAUAUCCAGUGCGCUCAGCCAUACGAGCACAAUCCCAUGGGAUACGCCGGCCAACAAUACUACUACCCCAAUCCCAAUCAAGCUGCAGUAGCCUGGCAUCCGCAACCUCCAGCCAACACCACCGAUCAGGCUGACGAAGCACAAUCGGCUGACGAUGCUACCGAGUCCUGGGAUGAGAUGCUAGCCCUUGACUUUCAGAACCCUGUGAGUUCGACCGGUUUGCCAAUCCAGCAGAGAAUUCAACCCCUUGGCGCGACCAUGGAGGAAGACGACCUCCAGGAGUCCCAGACAGUACGUGCCGCCUCUCGCUUCUUCGUCGAUCUCAACGAAACAACAUAUCAGCAAAAUGUCAGUGAGAGAAUCGAGGAGUGGCAGACCAUGAGCGACGACCCUGCUUUUGCAGACAUUGAUCCAGACGCGCCCGUGACAAGAUUCGACACUCUCCUUAUCCAGCAGGAGAUUUCGAACUUUCUGAACACCGCAAGUCAAGGCGAUGACCACGAUGUCGACGAUAACUGCAUGGCACAAACCCCUGCCGAUAGGGAAUCUGGACCAUCGCCACGACCGAGAAUGGCUACCACCGCACCUCCGGAAUUAGCGCAAAAUCAACGCAUCCCUUCGAUCACUGUCUCUAGCCCGCCCGCCACCAACUCUGGUGAUCAGAGCGCCAAUACCGCUGGCUACGGUUUGUAUCCGACCAACCAACAGAACGGACCAGGCCAUCACGGUCACUGGUACGGCCACGGCCACGGCCAGUCGUACGAACCAGCUCAGAACCAAGACUGGCAGUAUCCUCAGCAAAGAUUUUAUCCACAAGCACAAGCAGAGCAUGCCACAUCGCCUCACUCAUCAGUCGCGUCCCAGCAGUUCUACGGCAGCCCACCAACAGGUCCAAGACAUAAUCCGCAACACGGACUGCGACGCGAGAGUUCGAAGAGAAACAACAACCAGCUUCUCAGUGUCAAUGUCAAGCCACCAGCCAAGUACAAGCCCAGAUAUUCUACCAAGGUCAAAUCCAAGACGAAUACGAACAAACCCCGACGUGCAGCCAAUGACUCAGUCUCCUCGUACCAUACUACUACUACUGGACCCUCUCGCACCGCCAUCAACCGAUAUCGCCCGAUAAACCAGAACCAGAAUCCGCAUCAGUAUCCGAACCGCCGACUCGAUACCAUCCACGAGGUCCCGGAUAACAACAACAAUGCCAAUAGUCGAAAGCGGACUUUUUCGUCUACUCUUGACUACGAUGAUCCGGCACCGACACCCAAGAUCAAAGUUGAGCAGGGAACUCAGUCUGGAGACUUUGCUGCUUCUGGUCCUGGCUCUGGUGCUGGUGGUGCUGGUUAUGGCUCUGGGUAUGGAGACGGCAAUGCAACUCAAGUCAAGCAAGACGUGCCUCCUCGAAGAAGACGCGCCUGGCAUUACCAGUGAGCCAUGUCAGAAAGGCAUUCUGUCGGCAGCCUUGGCCCGAUUGAACUGGACUGGAUAAGUCUGGACCGAGCAAGUCUGCCACAGGUUGUGACCGGGUUGAUCGGAAAAUGGACUGGACUGAACUCAAGUCACUCAGCGCAACUCGGCUCACCCAACUCAAAAUGUACGACUCUUGACUUACCCUUGCCCUAAUCCUACUCAGUGCAUUGCACUACACCCCAGCAUCCCCAGGAGUUUUCGUUUCGUUCUUGAAUCUUGUAUGUCUAUUACUAUCAACCCAAACCAGCCGAAACCAAACAGAUCCAAUCCAUUCAAUCCGCCAGGAGCUCGGCUCGUUUCUCAGCGACUCGACUCCUUCUCCAACCCCCACGUUGUCCGCGUGCGCGUCCAGGUUCAGGAAGACAAGGAAUCAAGGGAAUGGUCUGGUUUGGUCUGCUUUAAUUCCGCUUGCUUUGCUUGAGUUUCUUCUUUUUUUCCCCUUUAACAGACACUGCAGUGAGCAAGCGCAGGACAAGUUCCAAGGACAAGGAGAAGAACUAAGAGCGUUUGUAUGUAGGACUAGAAACAAAACCAAAAAUCAAUAAUCAAUCCAAUCCAAACCGCUACAAGUA